CUCAGCUAAACAGAGUUAAUCGUAUCUAACAAAAUGAAACAAAUACUUUUAGUCGUAGCCUGUUUGGCGCUGGCAGCAGCUGAUCUAAGGAGACUUCCUGAGGAGCAGCGCAAGGUUGUGCAGGAGCAUGUUAUGCAUUGCAUGCAACUGGAGGAUGUGAGCAUGGAGCAGAUUCAGAGCUUGAUCAACGGCACCAACGACGGCAUCGAUGCCAAACUCAAGUGCUAUACCAAUUGCUUCUUUGAGCAAUGCGGCUUCAUAGUCAACGGACAGCUUCAGCCAGAUGUUAUGCUCGAGAAAUUGACCGAUGCUUUAGGUAUUGAUAAUGUCGCCGAUGUUGUGGCCAAUUGCAAAAAUAUCAAAGGCACGGAGAAAUGCGAGUUGGGCUAUCAACUGCAUCAAUGCUUGAAGAAGAAUAGUGCACUUAUAUGAAAUGUGUGAAUAUUAAAUAUUAAUAAAUAUUGAGU